GUAACGUACGUAAUGUCGUCGUUUUCCACAAACUAUAGAUUCAUUGUCGUCUACCGUUUAUCACCGUCACUUUUUUGCGAUAAAUAAAAAAUAAGUUACCUACAAUUUUACCAAUUACAUUGAAAGUAUACCUAAACAUUUUAUACGAUUAGAAUUCGUCCUUUACACUAUGUUAUUUAUUCGUUGUCAAAUAUUAGGUACUUCGAAAAGUGUACAUAAAAAUACAUAGUGUUAAUAAUUGUUGAAAAAGUGCAAGAUGUGGUCUUUUUUCUCACGAGAUCCCACUAAGGAUUUCCCAUAUGAGGUUGGGGAUCCAGUCCGUGGCUUAGAAGACCGAACUGUAUGGGUACUUCACAAGGGUAAAAAAAGAGGUACUCAAGAUGAGGUGUCAAUUUUUCUGUUUGAUGUUCAGAAAAGUUCUGAGACUCUGUUUGAUAUAGCGAAGGCCUCUCUGAAGAGAUUAAAGACCAUGAGACACCCUAGCCUUUUACAUUACUUAGAUAGCUGUGAAACUGAGAAAUUUUUAUAUGUAGCUACUGAAUAUGUAGAGCCUUUAGCCACCCAUAUAGAAGAUAUGAAGCUGGAGGGGCAACAAAGAGAAUUAUUUUUGGCGUGGGGUAUAUUCCAAAUAACUAGGGCAUUAUCCUUUUUAAAUAAUGAUGGGAACAUGAGACAUAACAAUGUUUGCUUGUACUCUGUCUUCGUGACACUGGCAGGCGAGUGGAAACUCGGGGGAUUUGAAUUUUUAUCCAAUCAUGGACAAGAAUCUAGUAAUACUAUGCCUAUCAAAAUAUUACCUGCAUUAGAAAUAUAUGAUCCACCAGAAAAGAAAGACCCAACCAAAUUGAAAUCAAUCACAAAAUGCUCAACAGACAUGUGGGGCCUAGGUUGUUUGAUUUGGGAGGCUUUUAACGGGCCCCUGAAAAAUCAGCCAGCACUUAAAACCACAGAUCUCAUCCCUAAGCAGCUGAGCACAUUGUAUUGUGAACUAGUCAGUGCUAACCCUGCUACUAGGCCCAAUCCGGCUGAUAUUAUUACGAGGUGUCGUAAACUAGGUGGUUAUUUCAAGAAUGAUCUCAUAGACACCAUGUUGUUCUUAGAAGAGAUUCAAAUCAAGGACAAAGUGGAGAAAGGGAAGUUCUUCUCCACUCUCAACUCGUUUCUGGACUGUUUCCCGGAGGCUGUGUGUGUUCACAAGAUCCUGCCGCAGCUGCUGACCGCAUUCCAUUAUGGUGAUGCAGGAUCAGCAGUUUUAGCUCCUAUGUUUAAGUUGGGUAAACUAUUAGAAGACGCCGACUACCAGAAGCAGAUAGUUCCCUGUGUCGUGAAACUGUUUGCGUCCAACGACCGGACCACUCGCUCGCGGCUGCUACAGCAAUUGGAUCAGUUUAUCAUGCAUCUGCAGAAUUCUACUGUGAACGACCAAAUAUUCCCGCAAGUAGUGAAUGGGUUUUUGGACACUAACGCUGUCAUUCGGGAGCAAACCGUCAAGUCCAUUGUCCACCUGGCUCCGAAGCUUAACUACAACAACUUGAAUGUUGAGGUGCUCAGACAUUUUGCCAGGCUGCAAGCCAAGGAUGACCAGGGCGGCAUAAGAACGAACACAACAGUGUGCCUCGGCAAGAUAGCGUCACACUUACACCCUCAGAUCAGGCAAAAAGUGCUGGUUUCUGCGUUUGUUCGCGCCACGCGCGACGCUUUCCCGCCAGCGCGCCAGGCGGGCGUGUUGGCGUUAGCGGCGACGCAACAGUACUUCCUGCUGGCUGAGGUCGCUAACAGGAUACUGCCGGCACUUUGUCCACUUACUGUAGAUCCGGAGAAACAGGUUCGUGAUGCGACGUUUAGAACGAUUAAGGGCUUCCUUGGUAAAUUGGAGAAAGUUUCAGAGGAUCCUAGUCUCAAAGAGGGAAUGGAGGCCGACGUUCAUACCGCAACGCCGUCCCUUAGCAACGCGGCGGCCACGUGGGCCGGCUGGGCCGUCACCGCCGUCACCGCCAAGUUCUACCGCUCGCAUUCUGACACCGCUCGUGUGCAACACUCUGCUAGAUCCGCGUUGUCCAAGCCUGGCUCCCUUGAGCAACCGUCAUCGAGCAGUAUGUCCACGACGACGUCAUCAGUGACCUCGAUGACGUCACUGGAGCACAGCGAGUCGGCGUCGGACUACGAUCCCGAGCAUUGGGACAUGGCGGCCUGGGGCGAGAUUGAUUCCAGUGCAGGAACGGGAACGGGUACGGGAGCGAGCGUAAAGUCUCCCCCCAGCAGCGGGAGCGCGCAAGCCACGCCCGCGCUCGCCGCGCUCUGCGAGGACGACUGGGGCAACGAGGAGUGGGGCGAGCUGCAGGAACAACCGUGUGCCGAAGCAGAGCUGGCCAGUCCAUCCGAAACAUGGAACAACUCCGAUUGGACGAAUAUGGGUUUGAACAAUGCGAACGCGACUUACGUGCGCGGCGCAAGACUCGAACACCGGCCAGCCGCUCACCAGAACAGCAAUGACUCACUGGGCGGGUGGGAAGAUGGCGAGUUCGAACCCAUUGAGGAAAAUGUUGAUGAAAACAACGCGUCCAAAAUGGACGAAAUGCGAAGAAAACGUGAGGAGAGGAAACUUCAGAGGCAAAGAGAGAUGGAAGCGAGGCGCAAUGCUCGCGGGCAGGGGCCCAUGAAACUCGGCACCAAACUGCCACCCGCCCCGCCGCCGUUCUAGUGCGGGGCGAAGUAAACACACGUCUCACGAAACGCGCACAACGCAUACACGAGGUUGUUAUGACAUUAAAAUAAGAAUCGAAGGUUGUGUCCUAAAAUAACGAGAAUACAGAAAUUAAGCUCGUAUACUAACUUCUUUAUAGGUCUUUUUAGAAAUACAGCGGUAGGGUUAACGCAGCACUGCUCCGGAAUGAAAUUCUUCCAUAAAUUACAUUUAAAACUACAUGAAUAUAUAUAUAAACACGUCUCUCUCCAUUAAUAAAUGACAGUUUAUUUGUAUAGAGAAUUCAUAUUCGUUCGGUUUAUGAGAUUGAAUAUUUACGCUAAUUUAUUACUCGAUCACAAUUUAGAUUCAGUCACAUCCUUAGCGGUAACCAUAUUUCAAGAAUUGUUUCCUACUAUCACAUUUGAAGCUUUAUCUCUGUAUUUCUCAAUUGCGCAUUCGAGCUCAGAAACCUAAUUUUAUAUCGCUCUUCUAUCCGCCUAAAGUCAUAUCUACUGAUAUUGACUAAUCAAAAAUGUAAUCUAUGUAUUUUUAUUUCUUAAGUCAUAAUAAAACCUCAUUUUGAAAGACAAAUUGUUUGUAGCGCGUUUCGCUCAUCUCGCGAAGUGUUCCAUAAUGUUUAUGGAAUUUUAUUUUGCAGCUCUUCUCCGAAAUACAUUGUUCCAUUGUAUACAGAUAUUAUUCGUAUAAUUAAAUAUUUGUUAGGCACUAUCAUUUACAUUUUUAAUUCGAAUCUGUGGGUAAGAAAUUUCUGAAAGUAAGUAUUUUAUGUGAUGAUAAAACAUGAGAUAAAUUAGAUUUUUUUCUUUCAUUCAAUAUUACUUAUGGCCAGUACUAAAAUUGUAAACUCUCAUGAAAUAUAUACUUAUAAUAUUUAUAUACAUCUAUACUGAAAUGUAAUUUGGGAACAAGUUUCGUAAAAAUAAAGCACCAAAUUAUAAAAAGCUCAAGUGAGAAUAGACCAUUUAAGGUGAUAAACUACUUUUCUAUUUAUACUUAGAUCACUUUCGUCAUGCCAGAAAACCACUAUAAAAAUAUUUUUAGGCCGACUUUAUAUAUAUUUAUUUAGGUUUCUCCCGCUGCCGCGCUAUUUGAAGUUUGAGACUUCCACAAGUAAAGAUUUUGUUUUGGUCGAGUGUGAGGAAUCUAAAUACUGUAGCAGA